GGUGGCGAGCGGGCGGCGGCAUGGCGGAGAGCGAGGCCGAGACCCCCAGCACCCCGGGGGAGUUUGAGAGCAAGUACUUCGAGUUCCAUGGCGUGCGGCUGCCGCCCUUCUGCCGCGGGAAGAUGGAGGAGAUCGCCAACUUCCCGGUGCGGCCCAGCGACGUGUGGAUCGUCACCUACCCCAAGUCCGGCACAAGCCUGCUGCAGGAGGUGGUCUACCUGGUGAGUCAGGGGGCUGACCCCGACGAGAUCGGCCUCAUGAACAUCGACGAGCAGCUUCCAGUCCUGGAGUACCCGCAGCCAGGCCUGGACAUCAUUAAGGAGUUGACAUCUCCCCGCCUCAUCAAGAGCCACCUGCCCUACCGCUUCCUGCCCUCUGACCUCCACAACGGGGACUCCAAGGUCAUCUACAUGGCGCGUAACCCCAAGGACCUGGUCGUGUCCUACUAUCAGUUCCACCGCUCGCUGCGGACCAUGAGCUACCGUGGGACCUUCCAGGAGUUCUGCCGGCGAUUCAUGAACGACAAACUGGGCUAUGGCUCCUGGUUCGAGCACGUGCAGGAGUUCUGGGAACAUCGGAUGGACGGAAACGUGCUGUUCCUCAAAUACGAAGACAUGCACCGGGACCUGGUGACGAUGGUGGAGCAACUGGCCAGGUUCCUGGGGGUGGCCUGUGACAAGGCCCAGCUAGAGUCUCUCACGGAGCACUGCCACCAGCUGGUAGACCAGUGCUGCAAUGCCGAGGCACUGCCUGUGGGCCGGGGCCGAGUUGGGCUGUGGAAAGACAUCUUCACCGUCUCCAUGAACGAGAAAUUCGACCUUGUGUACAAACAGAAGAUGGGCAAGUGCGACCUGAGCUUUGACUUCUAUUUGUAAGCGCAGAACGGCCCGCCUGCAUGCUCACAGCCCCCAGCCCCGUGUGUAUCCAUCUCUCCCUGGCUGGACGGACCCUGGAAGCGGCGUGUGGAAGAGCAGGGGAGGAUGCGCGGCCCCCGGCCUGAGUCUCGGGUCUCUGCAGGCCUGGCAGCGCACGGUGUGACAUGGCAGUGUGGAUAUGUUGCGAGCACGGCGUCUUGACGAUACGCCCAGGGCAGCCACCUCUUACAGCCCCGUGUGAUGCGUUGUAUUUUACAAAGCUUUUCACUGGAAAUGCAGAAUGUCAGCAAACCAAAUAAAAGUCUAGUUCUGAGGGAGAGCAAGAGCGAGUCCCGGCCGGACCGUGGAGUGAGCUCAGGGCCCGCACUCUACUUCUGUGGCCUCAUUGCUGCAGUGAGGCCUGGCCUGUCCGCCUUUGCAGGGUCCUCAGAGCACGCGUGGUGGUGGUGGGGAUUGUGUGUGCAGGGGGCUGCCCUGCUGGAGGUCAGUCCUCUGUUGCCUGAAAUGGGGUCCUUUCAGCUGGGAGAUCUCCUGUGCCCAGCCAGAGGACACCUUGGGCUGGUGUGUGAGAGCAGCCACCAGGCAGGC